CAUCAUUCGAACACGGUUACUCAGACCACAGUCCGGUUGGAGCUCCUGAAAAAGGGGAAGAGGAAAGGCCAUGACACUUUGCAAAACAUGAUGUGGAAAAAAGCAUGAGGUCUGUUAUCACUCGGAGUGGUGGUCAAAAUGCUGGCUGUGUACCUGCGGACUCUCUCAGGUCCAAACUUACCAACAGAAGUGUGGAUCCAGUUUCCUCUGUGGCCGUGAAGGUGGAGGAGGAGGAGGCGAGGAUCUUUGAGCAAAGACCCUCCUCUGCCCCCUUUUCAACGGGCAGUUGCCAUCCAAAAACAGAAACGGACACUUUACCGUUGUCUUCACAUAGCCGCAGGAGGAAACAGCUAAAAGUGGAAUAUGACAAGGAUGAAAGUGUUACACCGGUGAAGAUAGAACACUGGGAAUCUCCCGACUGGAAGAAACAGUUAGAAUGCAUCCGUGAGAUGAGGAGCAGCCGUGAUGCACCUGUAGAUAACAUGGGAGCCAAGACAUGCUACGACACAGAGGCUCCUGCGCAUGUGAGACGUUUCCAGGUGUUAGUUUCACUCAUGCUGUCCAGUCAGACCAAGGACCAGGUGACAGCCGCAGCCAUGCAGAAGCUCCGAGCUCACGGCUGCACUGUAGAAAAUAUACUCACUACUGAUGAUGAAGCACUGGGAAAACUCAUCUACCCUGUCGGCUUCUGGAGGACUAAGGUGAAGUAUCUGAAACUGACAUCGGCCAUGCUGCAGAAAGAAUUCGGAGGGGACAUCCCAGAUAGCGUGGAGGGGCUGGUUCGCCUUCCAGGAGUUGGACCUAAGAUGGCUCACUUGGCUAUGGACAUCGCCUGGGACCAAGUGUCUGGCAUUGGCGUGGACACACAUGUGCAUCGUAUCUCUAAUCGGCUCGGCUGGCUCAAGAAACCAACCAAGAACCCGGAAGAAACACGCAAGGCCCUGGAGGAAUGGUUACCCAGGGAGCUGUGGAGUGAGAUCAACUGGCUUCUCGUGGGUUUCGGACAGCAGGUUUGUCUCCCUGUCAACCCUCUCUGCUCUGUGUGUCUGAACCAGCACAGCUGUCCAUCCGCCCACAAAAUCUCUCCAACAAAGAGGCCUAAAGCUGGAUCCCCACGGUCUCCAAAUCCAACAUCUUCCUUUACAACAAAAACUGAACCAGAACAAGAAUCUCCUGUUAAACACGAGAGGACAAAGAGGGAGCCACUGCCCGCACCUGUUUCCCCCACCGCACAGAGAAGGAGGCUAAAAAGCAAGGUUAAACAUUGAUUCAGUUGUCUUAUAAGUUUUUGUCUGAGCCGUGACCAAAUGUUGGACAAGAAAAGUUCAACUAUAUGCCCACACACUGAAAACAUGCAUCCCAGCUAAAUAUUAAUGUGAAUGUGGUUCAGGAUAUUUUCAUCAUAGUUUGAUUUGACACUAUAACGACACCUUUUACACUUUAUAUGAGAAUAAAUAUUUUUGUACUGUUA